UACAUUUGGACCCAAGCAUCUAUUUAAUGGAUGAAGAGAACAAAUCACCAGCUAAUGUGCCAGAAAAAGUGAAGGAGAUAAACGCUAACUCUGCGUCUGUUGCAUCAGACGAUAAUCCUGUGGCACAAAACGGAAAUAGUUCUAGUGGUCUCUGUGGAAGUCAUAAUGAAAUAAACAACAUUUCUGAGCAUAUGGGCUCAGAAGGGCCAUCUUCUGACCUGCUGAACAAAGUCGCUGCUUCUCUAAAGACUGUAGACCUAGCAGAAAACGUUUCAGACCAUAAAGUUGAAACUUCUAAAGAUACAAAAAUGGACGGGAAACCUCAUGUACAGAAAGAAAGAUCUGGUCCUGAACCAAUUAUUAUUCCUCUAGUUCUGAAGAUGGCUGAAUUUGAUCAUAAGGCAUUGCUAGAGGAGUGGAUCUCAACUCGUACGUUUGGUGAUAAAUGUUUAGAUCAGGAUAAGAGCACGUUAAUGACCAAUUUAAAAACUAUUCAAGACUAUCUCUGCUCCUUCAAGUCACAGGGCUUGUCGGUGGUGAACGUAUCAGCCACUACAUUUCCACAAACAUUAGAUUGGCUGCAUGGCUAUCUUCUUCAGUGUAUUGAGCAAGGAAUCUCAUCAACAUCUAGCGAAAGUGGUAGGCAGCCUGCUGAGGGUUAGAUUGUAUGCAGAUGUUAGCUCAACUAUUGACAGUUUCUUGAAGUUGCUUGAAUUUAAUGGUAGUAGUAUGAAGUGGUGCAAGCCAUGGUGCCUCUGCCAGGAAUUGGCUGGUUUUCGUCAUCAAGUAUUCAUCACGGCCUGAGUUUCCUCUUGACCAAGAAGGCUGAUUUCUUCAUUGGCGUGCAGGAAUCACAUCCUGUGCAUCAGACUUUCUUCAUUUCUGUUACUCCUUUUAACCUCUAAUAAUCUGAACAGAACUGAGAGGACUUGAAGCCUGAAGGUAACCAUGUGGACAAAGCUGCUGGAUGUUCAAAAUCUAAUAUCAGAAACAAAUCAAGCAAAAGGAAACCUGGCUGCCUUUGAGCACCUUGCCUAGACCUUUUAAAAAUAAAAAAGAAACCUGGCUGUCCUCUAGCACCUUGCCUGGAGCCUUUUGAAAACAAAAGUUCUUGCAGGAUGUAUGAAAAUUUUUGGUACUGAAAACUGUAUCCAUAUUGCAAAUGCAAUACCCGCAUAAAAUUGUCAUCGUUACGCCAGCAGAAAGCCUGUAACUUAAACCUUAUUCAUUCCAUUUGAUGGAAAUAGAGAGGAGACAUAAGCAGCCUUCCAAAAGAUUAUCUAAUUCUCUUCAUGACAUUCAUAUCAACAAGGAUGAGAGAAAACAAUGGUUCAAGGGAGGGAUAUAAGGUGAGAAUAUAAUGAUGAUAUAUAACCUUAAUGCUUAAGCACUUCUCAUGUAUUGUCUAUUUACCCUUUUCUGGUGAUACAAAAGUAAUAUGAUUGUUAUUGUUGUCGAAA